AUGCAUUACGAGUUCGUAGCUGAACUGGAAGUGACGUACGGAAACGCACUUGCUGCAGGUGGCGGAUUUCAUCGGGUUACGACAGCCGAAGGCGUGGCCGCUGAGGUGGCGCCGCACACGUAUCUUUGGUAUAAACUAUCUACUGAGGCGGAGCCCACCUUAGAAUCUGACUCCGCCCCGCUUGCAAUCAUGAACUUGUGCUUUGGGGAUGAGAAUUUGCCUUGUGGUGAUGAUGAUACGUGGGUGAAGCUGGACAAGGCAGUGGACCGCCAAAAAGGCCGCUAUCUAUGGUUCCGGACCUCGCAGUUUCAACCUCGUACGUCAUUCUCAGAACAGAAAACCGAGGUCAUGCCUCUCAAAGAGAUACGGGUGGUAAGAGAUCUUAAAGAUGUCCCAAAACUCUUCGAAAGUCUCGACGAACCGCUCCUCAGCGUUGAUGACGUAGGAAAGGAGAUGCGGACGUACCUGUGCUUUCAGAGACUUAGUAGUGAAGAUUUAUCAAGCUCUACUUGGUCUAUUGUAAACCAAAAAGUGGGCAACUGGAUCGACAUCAAAGACCUGUCGUCCAAUAAGUGGAGCGUGGCCCAGAUUCUGCAGCACUCAGUAUCAGAGAUACGCGCGCAUAUUCCGACGUGGAAUAAAGGACGUAAUGAAUAUUUAUCACGCUCAACGUAUCGAAAUCGGGUUGCUAAGCUGGGUACCCAUACAAACAUAUACAUGUCUCCAGCCUAUCCGUAUCCAAGGAAGCAAGGUAGUUUGUGGAGCGCUACUUUGAAAGACUUACAACAAGCUCGCGAACACUUUGACAAAUAUUUCUACGACCGAGACAAGCAGAAAACGUAUUUGCAGCAAAAUCUUAUACCAUUUGUUGAAAAGUCGCUGCUGUGUACGUUUUUGUCGAGUGAUCUUACAGAAGAGAUGAAUGCAUUUCAUCAGCACGUGCUGAAAAACGUCAUUGCUUGUAUGCUUGGCAAUGAUGCGGACAGUGUGAUGGAGUUGAUGCUAUCCUUAUUGCGAAUGAUUCUUAAUGGCCAUAGCUCUUGCAUGUUUUAUUAUGUCAAGUACCCAGGAAAUUACUCGGCGACUAAGUACCAACGUUUGGUUUAUACGUCAUAUUUACUUACUCCUGAUGCGUUGGCGGCGAUACCUUCACGCAAUCCCUGUCGAUCAUUAUACUUUAUUGACAAUGUCGAUCUGUUCAUUCAAGCGGGAGGCUUUCAACUAAUUUUAGAACGCCUUGCGAGUGACAACAUUGCGCUCACUGAGGUCUUGCUGUACUGCACAAUUUUUAACACAGCAAAACCAUGCCUUAUACAGCACAAGCAGCGCCGCAACUCGGCUUCGAUUCGUCAACAAUCGACGACUGAAGCGCAAUCAGAAGAUUUUUUUCGCGAAUUCUGGAUUGCUACUUUUUCGCGGCUGCGGCGCAUGACUGAAGACGAGCUUAAAAACGACGAUGGGAUUAUCGAUCGCAUUGUGGGCGCUCUGGAUCUCCUUUGUCGCGAUGGAUUAUUGCUUGGAAGUUGCCGCACCAGGCCAGAUAUCGACGAUUCGAGCGCAUUGGGUAUCAUGGAUUUGACUCGUGAAUUGGAAUUUGCGGAGGCGAUCGAAAUUUUUCAUUUGGAUCUUUCGAAAAAAUUUAUUUGCUGUCCUUAUCUGUCGCGACGAUUGCUGAGUAUUUCACGUAUAAACGAAUUGAUUUUGAUGGCGCAACGAAGGGAUACUAGUCAGAAAAAGGCAAGCUUAAAUUCGCGACGUGCACCAGCCUCAAGUACAUUGUCAGCCUUCAGCACGAGUACUUCUUUGUUGAAUUUGGAUAACGAGCCUAUGACAACGUGGUUACGCUCGAAGUACAUCGUGGAAUGGUUGGUAUCAUCUGAUUUCUUGGAGAUAAUCCUGGGAGACCGAGAAUGUUGUGCAAAAUACGCUCUCCAAGAGGGUACACAUUUAGAAAUCCUGAAGCGCUCUAAAAGAAUAUUUACCUUUGUAGCGGCCCAUGGUCUGUUAACGGAGGGGCAUAUUGUGCUUAUGUGGAAAACAGCUUUAAGUCAACUUAGCUCUGGCAGAAAAGCAGUAUUUGACAUGCUUAUUACUCUUUGUGGUGUACUUUCAGCAGAGAUGGUGGAUGUUGUCGUGAUACUUUUGACGCAAGUUGCUGUGAGCGACUAUGAUGAACUCAUUGUCGACUUUAUUAAACGCGUGAUAAUGAUCGCCUCUAAGCUCGUUGUUGAUAUGGAGACGGGUGGAUCAAAGCUGUCGCUAACAGCACUUGUCACUGCUGCGUCUGGCUCGAGAAACAAACAGAGCUUCAGUGCUCAAAAAGAUGUCGAAGUCCUAAAUAAGGUGGUGAGCUUAUGUUGCACUCUGUACUGGAAUGCAAUAACUCAGACUGAAGCGUCUGGUGAAAAUAGUAUUCGUGAAUCGAUGCGUGCUGGCGUUGAGAUAGCUCUCGCUGACUCGUUAAAUUUUGUGCAAAAGUUGUGGAUUUCCUCUGGUCAUUUAUCAUCACCAUCGGGUGUAGAGCAGCAGCAAUUAUUGGGUGAUUAUCUUCGCAGAUGUGCACAGAACAUCGAGUGCGGAACGCUGGUGGAAACGUCCAUGAGAUUGAUUGAGCUAAUUGUGAGAGGCUACGGCGGCGGGUCCUCAUUGGCUACUUCAUUGGUAAAUGUAAACUCGCUUCCUACAACCUCGAGCAAUCUUUUGGAGAAAUUAAACACUGCACACAAUAUCGUGUCUGUAGUCGUUAACGCAAUCACGAGCUGCGUCGCUCAGUCUGAGAGCCGAUCCCAACAGUCUUUAUUGGAUGCCAUCAUGAUGCGUUUGAAAUUCCUUGGUUACAUCGUGACCAAUUCCGACUUAAAUCUAUCUUAUGAGGCAGUUGGCAUUUUGUGGAGUUGUUUUAAUGCCCCGGAUAGCACCACGGAAGAACACAAAGUUUUUUUUGCAUGGUUCACAUCUGUCCUUCCUGAUCCUAACAACUUUGUUCACCGAGCGUAUUCUGGUCAUGCAGGUUUAGCUGAAACUGUGGUAUGUGAAGUUUUUCGAUCUUUGACCAAGCCAGACGCAGGGACAAAUAAAGAGAUAGGUGCUUCUCAGUUUUGUUUAGACGUGCAGACGAUGGGUGAGGAAUCGUUUUGGGCACUAGAGCGCUUGUUUCGAUUUGUCAACACAAGUACAAAGCGUAUUUCCUUGGCUGCCUCGCGGAGAGUGUCGCACACCACAAAUGAAUCCGGAGGUUUUGUCGUAGAAGCCAUGGAUUUAGAAGGCCUAGAGACACUUUAUGAUGUAGCUCUGCUAGCAAAGAGUGACAUCGUAAGUCAGCAAGCGAGCAAUUAUCUAAUUUAUUUGCACCUUCACGUCGGCUCAAAGCUUGUACGACGUGAGGUCUGGACAGACUUUGUGGAAAGGUGCUUCCGUAGAUUAGAGCAGGAAGUUCAGACCACGGAUGGUUUUUUCAAGCCACUAGUGGUACUUCGUUUGUCAGUACUACUAAGUACUUUCCUUCAUCAGUCAGUUAUUCACUCGCACGGUAGUGCCAAUGGAGAAGGGGCUUUUGAUGGCCCAGAGGAACUCAAUGUUCACGUGCGAACGCAAGGGGGUCGAGUCGCCGCACCUUUUCGCUAUCAUUUGAAACGAACCUCGCUAGUUUCAGAGCUGCGUGAUCGAAUUGCCAAGGAUACAGGUCAUCCUGCGGAUCGAAUUCGAAUUGUGAACUCGGGAAAGGUUAAAUUGACCGCACAAGGACAUGGAAAAUUCACCCUCGAGAAAGCUCGUAUUUUCAAUGAAUCGGUUCGGCCCUCUCGCUUGCAUCCAGAAACGCUGCCGAUUAAGCAGAAAUCACCAGCUAUUUCUAACGAAGCCAAGCGUAUUAGCUACGUCGAGGCCAUCCUUCUGUCAAAAGUGGAAAGCGAUACGAGUGGGCACGCUAGUCGCAGUACCUUAGACUUUCACGGCGCCGCAAGUGCUGCUGCUGCGGCAGGUAUAGUUACAGGUACAAAUACAAUUGGAAGUGGGAACAAUAGCUGUUUAGAGAGUGAUUGGCUUUUAGUCAAAACCGAAAUUUCAGGAAACGAGAAAUGGGUAGCACUCCUAUUCAAUCUCCUAUCAUAUAACGAUGGCAUUGCUGAAGAAGCUUGGAAGAUACUCAAGCUGCUCCCGACUAAUGAAUCCAUGGAAAAAGCAAUGCGUACAUUGAAUAAUGUGCUCGCGAUUGAUGGGUCUUUUCGUAAGAAACCGACCUCGUUCGAGUGGAAAACUCUUUUGGAAUCUGAUUGUCCUCCAAAAUUAUUGUAUCAGCUUGAGCUUGUGGAGAAAUUUGCACUCUGCAGUGAUAGAUGCAAUGGCCAAGACAGUGAUGAAGAAGGAAAUCAAAAAGUUUCGAACCUUACUAGUGAAUCUGAAACAGAUGAUUUAAUUGGCACUGCAAAUUUCUGGAGUGCGUCUUUCAUAGAACUUGGCGGACAGACUCGUCUCGAACAAUUUGUGCUGUCGUCAAAUUUGCGUCAGCUGCUUGGCCAAGGAACACUUUAUGAAAUGUGCUUAUCUAAACUUCUUAAACUGCUUCGCCAUUUCGUUCUGAUUAAAUCUAAAUUGGAGGAAGUGAGAAACGACUUACCCCAACAAAAUUUUCAUCAGCUAAUUCGUCAGCUCCUAGAAACGCUGAGUAGUAUUCUGGCGGUAGACAAAGCGUCCAGAAUUGCCCCAUCGUCCAAUUUGUUAUCGAAUGAGAAGUCUAACGCAAAUACAAAGGAUUUUGAGAAACCACUUGCUCUGACGAUGCACACUCGCCCUCAGGUUGAUGACCCUGACAACAUCGACAAAAUUCCGAGUGAUGCUUACUUAAUGACACGACUGCUAUCUUGUAUUGCUACGUGUGCUCUGGCGGCGAACCAAGGAGCAUCAGCAUUUUUGGAGACUUCUCCGGAUCAUGGAGACGUCAUUUUGCGUUGCCUCGUAGAGAGCCGCUUUAAGCCUGUUCGGUUGGAGGCCGCCAACGCAAUUGCUGCUUUGUCAACUGUGCAAAAUAAGCUCCGGGCAGAUCGAUUUGCUUGCUGCAACUACUUUCUGCAGCUUAUUGGAGGGUACACGGGGACCGUGACUAACGAGGAAUACUAUCAUAUAUUCACAUUGCUUGUAUCAAGCGCAGAGGACCUUACUAAUUUCGCAAUUCUCUCGUCAUGUAAGAUCUUGUGUGGUCGAAUUAAGGCGUUUAAAAUUAACGAUGAAGCUUCAGCUUUCACUGCUUCUACGAGUAUCAUGAAAGAAAGUAGGCAUUUGGAGUUGGCAAAACUCACACCCAGUAAUCAAAUUUGUUUGUCCACCACUGAUGCGCUUCUUGAAGGGCAGCUGUCAACACUGCUCUCUAUCAUAAAGCGAAUCCCAGCAGUUUUAGCAGAUGGCAAUCUCGCCAUACCAUUUGGUAGACGCAGCUUGCGAGAGGUUGUUGCUCGAACGCUUCAUAACGAAGAAGGGAUUGUUCAUGAGCUGUUCCACGAGUGUCUAUUUGCUACAUCUGACUUGAAAACGAGUGAUGAGAGCCAAAGCGAGGGGAGUAACGUUGGGCUUUUUAAUGGUCAGGCGUGCUCUAAGUCCAAGUAUUAUUUACGGCAACCGAAAUGCCGCAGCGAUUCUUGCCGAAAGAUUGCUUUUGACUUACUCAAAGAGCUCUCAGUCGAUAAUACCGAUGGCUUGCGUUAUCUGUUGACCCAGAUGGCUAAUCAGCACACUCUUGACCGUCCACUUGAUCCCCUCGCAACACCGUCGGCUUCAAAACUCAAACGGAAGAGUGCAAAGUCUAUUAACGACCAAUUGCUAUUGCGCGGAAAAUACGUGGGUCUCAAGAAUCUUGGGUGUACGUGCUACCUCAAUUCAACAAUCCAGAGUUUUUUCAUGAUGCCGCGUUUUCGCCGACACAUUCUGCGCCUACAAGCAAGCGGCAGUGAAACGAAGAGUCUUAUAUUUGAGCUUCAAUCGUUGUUUGCACAUCUUGAGGGAAACGCAAAGCCCUAUUACAAUCCGCGCUCGUUUACUCGUGCAAUAAAGACGUGGGAUGGAGAAACGAUGGAUGUAAAUGUUCAACAAGAUGCCAGCGAAUUUUUAACGUCAUUUUUCCAGCAAAUUGAGUCGGAAAUGAACGGCAGCAGUGCCAACAAUGGGGAAUUUCUUACAAGUGACGAAAGUAUACUGAAUACAUUUUUUGGCGGGGAAUUUAGCAAUGAACUUGUUGCCGAAGGUGAUCGUUAUAGCGAGCGCUUUGAACCAUUCCACUUCAUUUCUUUGCCAGUUCGCGAUCGUAAAAAUUUAAAGGAAUCGCUGGAGGGGUGGGUUCAAGGUGAAAAGGUAAGCUAUACAUGGGAACACACUUGUGAUCUGAAAAUUGGAGAGAACAGUACUUUUGAUGAUAGCAAAGACGAAACAAAAGUGACGCUGGAUACGCACAAGCGAAUUUCCAUUUCAAAGCUGCCUGCCUAUUUGAUUAUACAUCUAAAGCGCUUUGAAUUUGACUUUGAAAAAAUGCAACAAAUUAAGCUUCACGAUCGAUUCGAGUUUCCUACCGAGUUGGACAUGUACCCAUAUACCAAGGAAGGUCAGCAAAUAAAGAGGAGAAGAUCAGUAUCAUCCGUUGAUGACGGAACGGCUGCUCACGAUGUCCGUAUGCGUACGUCUUCUGACAGCACAGAUUGUAGAAGAACGACAGCUCCAGAGUACUCACAAUAUGAACUCGUUGGAACUGUUGUGCACCUUGGAACGGCUCAUUCGGGACAUUAUUAUUCUUUUUUACGCGAUCAACAAGUCCCACGGGACACGAAUCUGUGGUAUGAGUUUAACGACAAGCUGGUGAAACCGUUUGAUCCAGCUCAGAUUCCUGAAGAGUGCUUUGGAGGUGAAGAAUCCGCACAUUCUCAUCAGAACUCAGCCACCAAGGUUUUAUCACCUGAAGCUGAUGCUGCAUCGUCAGCAAAGAUGAAGAAGCGCAGCAGUUUUAUGCUCUUCUACGCCCGAGUGACUUCGUCACUACGACUGGUAGAAAAUGAGGAAGUUUCGUGCGUUAGCUUUGCGACCAUUGUUCUCGUGGUCGCAUUCUUUUCAAGACUGAAGCGACGAGCGACCGAAAAGCUGGCUGCAUUGCGUCGUGUGGCCCAAGUAAUCGCCCCAGAACCGAUCUGUAAGCUUAUUGCGAUGGAAAACCGCCUUUUCUGGCGAAAAAAAUAUCUGUACAAUAAGCGAUGUCUAAAAUUUACAUAUCACUUGCUGCGAUCUUGCCUCGUCGGAUUUGAAAAUGCAAAGAAUAUGGCUGUGAUGCCGCAUUUUGAGCCAGUAGAAGCUCAAUUUGAGGCCUUGCAAGUGGCGACCAAAUUUGUGUUGGGCACGUUGUUGCAAGGUGGAGAAGUAAUCAAGCUAACGGAAUGGCGUUUGAUUUUGCAGUCUCUCUACCAUUCUGACGUUGAAGGCUGUCGCUGGUUUUUAUCGAUAAUGGAAGCCAACGAAUCGCUACUGCUUGAGCUGCUGAUCUUUCAUGAGAAUCAAGAAGUUCGUGAAUUGAUGGCCAAUGUAAUUUCGGAAGCAAUAGUAACGACGUCGAAUGCUCCAUAUGAAGGGGACGCACACGAUAGAACAUCAAGCUUGUCAAUGGAAGAUCAGAAUAAGAAACUGCCUGCAUCGUUCGAGUUCAUGUUUUUUCUCAUCCAGCUCAUGCCUGCACUACUCUCAGUGCCUGUUCACCACCAUCGACAGUAUUUUUUCACGAUGUACGAUUUUGUGCAGACUGGGCGCAACGAAGGGUCGUUUCUAGUGGUGAAUAGCGUGGUGGGUGCGAUCGUGUCUCUACUCACUGGCCUUGGCAAUACGCAACCUCUGCUUCAAUCGCAUCUGAGAAAGCAUAAGUCAAAGCAAAUUCUUAAACGCAUUGACCUAAGCGUCACGAUUUUAAAGCUAUUGUCAGUGCUCAUUCGAUGCAGUGUACCUCCCGCAAUGGAUGUUGAGUCGAGCCAUCUAAAUCUGCCUACCAACAUGGCGCAAGAACCCGUGGAUCUUACACCAGCCGAUCACAAUGUGCUUUUGAACGAGCGCUUCAUUACUCUGCUGACUCAAAGGGCGAAUCAUUACACGAAGGAGACAAAACCAUUGGAGCAAAUUAUAUGUCAUCUCUGCUGGGAAAGUCGGCGUGUUUCUGCGGCAUUCUUGGAAAAAAUCAUGCAUGGUAUCGAAGUGGAGGAUCAUCAUGACGUCAAGCCAUAUUUUCGUACGUUAAAUUCGCUACUCAAGAUCCGAGACUCGCUUGCUGAAGAACGUCUCACGGAUGGACUCACCAAACUCGUUGCCGUGAUGGCAUCGCAGCAACGCUACUACAAGGCCACCGAAACAUCCCUUGACAUGCUCACAAGGCUUGCCAAACGUCACAGUGGUGUGACACAGUGGCUUUGCUCUAAUAGACAAAGCUGCAUGUGGAUGGAAAAGUGGCUACUAGCCCAUUGCGGUGCUGAGGGAUACCUGCAACAACGUAAAACUGUUUUGAUCAAACCCAACAGUACAUCAUCGUGGGUGAACGUGAGUGUAACGAGUUCAGGGCUCAUCAAAGCGAUUGAACGCUCCAUCACAAAACUAUUACCGCGUAUUCGCAGCAUUUUAGACCCGGAAGGUGUCGUUGAGACCUUUUAUGAUAGUGACGACAACCCGCAGCGACUUGUGGGCAAGCGUGUGCGAGUAAAAUGGGCAAAGGAUAAGUGGUACGAAGGCAUUGUACAGGAAUUUAACGAGGAUACGUAUGAGCACUUUGUCGUGUAUGAUGAUGGCGAUAAACGGUCGUACCACAUGUCGGAAAAACUUUUCUAUGUUGUGAACCUGACUUCGUCACCCAAAUCACGCCAGAGAAAGCUCCAACAGCAACAAGCUUGA